AUGUCGACGAAAAUCACCCACUUUGAGAUCCAUGAUGUCCGCUUCCCCACAUCGCUCACCGGAGACGGCACCGAUGCUAUGAACACGGACUGCGACUAUUCUUCGGCAUAUGUCUCACUGUACACCGACUCUGACCUCGUCGGACAUGGCAUGACCUUCACGAUCGGCCGAGGCAAUGACAUCGUCUGCACAGCGAUCAAGGAGGUCGCAGGCCGCCUGGUCGGCAAGGAGAUCGAGCCUCUGUUUGCCAACAUGGGUAAGGCCUGGGAAUAUCUCGUCGCCGACCCGCAGUUGCGCUGGAUCGGUCCGGAAAAGGGUGUCAUCCACAUCGCCACUGGCGCCGUCGACAAUGCGCUUUGGGACUUGUACGCCCGCUCCCGCAACAAGCCUCUCUGGAAACUUGUUGUCGACAUGUCUCCCGAGGAGAUUGUCAACUCGGCAGCAUUCCGCUACAUCACGGAUGCGAUCACGAAAGAGGAGGCGCUCGAGCUGCUCAAGAAGAACGAGGCCAAAAAGAAGGAGCGCGAGGAGAACGUGCGCAAUCUCGGCUACCCGGCAUACGUCACCUCUGCAGGAUGGCUGGGCUACUCGGAUGAGAAGGUCGCCCGCCUGACGAAGGAGGCUGUCGAGGCUGGAUUCAGCCACUUCAAGAUGAAGGUCGGCGCUGAUCGUGACAAUGACCUCCGCCGCGGCAAGAUCAUCCGCUCUAUCAUCGACGACCCCCAAUAUCUCCCGGCGGGCGCCAUAAAACGCGACCCCAACAGCCCUGAAGUCGCAGGCAAAAACGCAGGUCCGCUUGGCGCUGUUCUCAUGAUCGAUGCGAACCAGGUUUGGGACGUUAAGGAGGCCAUUGACUAUGUCCAGUCGCUCGAGGAGAUCAAGCCGUGGUUCAUCGAAGAGCCUACCGCCCCAGACGACAUCCUCGGCCACGCCGCCAUCCGCAAAGCGCUUAAGCCUCACAGUAUCGGCGUCGCCACUGGCGAGCAUGCUCAUAACCGCAUGGUCUUCAAGCAGCUCCUCCAAGCUGAGGCUAUCGACGUUUGCCAGAUCGACUCGUGCCGUCUUGCCGGCGUGAGUGAGGUGCUCAGCGUGCUUCUCAUGGCGGCCAAGUUUGGCGUUCCGGUAUGCCCACAUGCAGGCGGUGUUGGCCUAUGUGAGUAUGUAAUCCACUUGAGCUUGAUUGACUACAUCGCGAUAUCGGGUACGAUGGAGCGCAACGUCCUCGAAUAUGUUGACCACUUGCAUGAGCAUUUCCUUUACCCAUGUUCGAUUAACAGCAACGGACGCUACAAUGUUCCGAGCAAUGACAAGGAGGGCUAUAGUAUCGAGAUGCACAAGUCCUCCAUCGCUGAGUUCGAGUGGCCUCACGGUUCUUAUUGGGUCAAAGCGAAAUCAUCCUGA